UUUUCUUCCUCUUACUUUCUCUCCCUCUUCCCCUCCGUCUCCAUUUCCAACGAAACCCUCGUCUCCUCCAAAUUUUCUCACCUCCCAAACAAAACCCUAAAAUUCGAACGACGGAAAGUCGCAGAGACGCCGGAGGCAACGAUACGCGACCGGACGGCAAGCGAAUCGCCGGCCGCAUGCGAGUGGCGUAGUUGAAUCGGAAGGCGUGACGUGAGGAUCUGGUUACUUCUCGGCCGGCGAUUUGGAUUCGAUUGCUUCGCUUUGGCGCGCGCUGAUGGGGGCUGCGGGCUCGAAACUCGAGAAAGCUCUCGGCGACCAGUUUCCUGAGGGCGAGCGCUACUUCGGCCUCGAGAAUUUCGGCAACACUUGCUACUGCAAUAGCGUCUUGCAGGCCCUGUAUUUUUGUGUUCCGUUUCGUGAACAGUUGCUAGAGUAUUAUUCGAAUAACAAAAACAUUGGGGAUGUGGAAGAAAAUCUCUUGACGUGUCUAGCUGACUUAUUUAGCCAGAUAAGUUCCCAGAAGAAGAAAACAGGUGUCAUUGCUCCAAAGCGCUUCGUACAGAGAUUAAAAAAACAAAAUGAACUUUUCCGUAGCUAUAUGCACCAGGAUGCCCAUGAAUUUUUGAAUUUCUUGCUCAACGAGCUUGUUGAUAUAUUGGAGAAAGAGGCUCAAGCUGCAAAAAGUGAUCAAGAAUCUUCAUCUCCUUCUGAAAAUGUGGCCAAUGGGCCAAAGAGUGCUCAGGCUAAUGGUAGUACUCAAAAAGAGCCUCUCGUCACCUGGGUGCACAAAAAUUUUCAGGGAAUCCUCACCAAUGAAACAAAGUGCUUGCGGUGUGAGACGGUGACAGCAAGGGAUGAAACCUUUUUUGAUUUGAGCCUUGAUAUUGAACAGAACAGUUCAAUAACAAGCUGUUUGAAGAACUUCAGUUCUACAGAGACGUUGAAUGCUGAGGACAAAUUCUUCUGUGAUAAGUGCUGCAGUUUGCAAGAAGCUCAGAAGAGGAUGAAGAUAAAGAAGCCACCUCACAUCCUGGUAAUCCAUCUAAAGCGUUUCAAAUAUAUUGAACAACUCGGCCGCUACAAGAAGUUGUCUUACCGUGUCGUCUUCCCCCUGGAGCUAAAGCUAAGCAACACUGUGGAGGAUGCAGACUCGGAAUAUUCUCUAUUUGCUGUCGUUGUCCAUGUUGGCAGUGGGCCAAACCAUGGACACUAUGUCAGCCUUGUGAAGAGCCAUAACCACUGGUUAUUUUUUGAUGACGAAAAUGUCGAGAUGAUAGACGAGUCUGCUGUUCAAACAUUCUUUGGUUCGGCGCAGGAGUACUCAAGUAAUACGGAUCAUGGGUACAUCUUGUUCUAUGAGAGCCUUGGCACCAGCAACAAGAGCUGAGAAGAGGGAUUUGGGAUUUUGAGAGGGUUUAGGAUAUUUUAAUCAUUGGACGCACUUUACUCCCCCUUUUUCAUAUUCUAAUUUGUUUCCUCUUUUCUUUUUCCCUUUCAACCUGUGGAAAAGAGAUGUCAAAUAUCAAUGAGUUAUGGGUUGUCAAAAAUGUAUACUUAGGUGGUUGGCAUGUACAGUGGAAUGGUGAAAGUAUUACUUUUUUCUUCUUCUUCUUUCUUUUUCCACAAUAAGAGGAAAAGCAGCAGUGUAUAUGUUGUGUGAGAAAACUCGCAGUCUUGCACAGGCACAUGUUUGUAAUUUUCAUGGCUGAGAACAACAUUAGAAUUGCAAUGCAAUUGGAAUGUGCUCAAUUACUACCAACUACUAUCUGAUAGUGAGGA